AUGCAAGCGGACCUGUCAAACGGAGAAUCCCUUCGGGCCUUGCAGGAGGGCAUUUUGCCGCAGUUCUUCGGGAUCGCAGCAAGCGCGCCGCGAGUGCCUUCCCUUUUUCUACCCUCCAGUAUUCCUGAGACGGCUCCGCCACAAAGUUCCAUCACACAGAGUGACACGCUAGCGCACUUUCAGCAGCGGAGCGUCUACACAGCCCCCCGUGGCGCCCCCUCUGCCGUCCCUAUCAGGGGAGAUGUUUUGCUCCGAAGGGAAGAGAUGGAUUUAUGGGACGCUCAACUGCAGGCUCUCGAGCUUAGAUGCCAGAAGACGGGCGACCUUUUGCGCCAGAAAACGGCAGAGGCUGCGGCAAACCAUAAGAAAUGGCUUCAGGAACGCCGGACAAAUGAUGCACAGCGAGAACUGGAGGACGAAAAAGACAAACUGGGGCGCCUGCACAAGGACAAGAAAGACUUGGCCGAGACAAUCGAAGACGACAGAGCCAAAGCAGUGUCUAAGGUCAAGGCGUACAAAAAGAACCUAAAGGGAAUGGGCGAUCUUCAGAGCUCUCUAACUGACGAACUUGCAGCUGCCCGUCUGGCAAAGAAAGAAGCAAAAGACCUCUUCCGGCAACAACUCUCGAGCAUUCAGAAGGAGCAAGAGGCUCUGAGAGAAGAGGCCGCACAACACCGGAGCGUCGUUCAGGGUUGGAUGGAGAAAGUCACCGAACUCCGGCAGGAGGGUGACGCACUUAUGGCUUCUCAUGCAUUUCUAUACUGCACAAGAGCCGCGCGUUGGCACCACGCCUACACACAUCACUUCUAUCUGGAGGAGAGUCUGAAGCGACUCGGCACGGUCGACUCUGCCAUCCAGAUGGAAACUGAAUCUGAGCAAAUAAUGCUGCGUCCUGGGAAUCUUCCUGCAGAUCGAUGGAGCAGAAAUGGAGAACCGACGGCUGCGGUGAGUCUGCUAGCCACUUAG